AAGAGCUCAGUUACAGAUCGACUGCUAGCCGAAGUUCCAGUGCCAAUUUCGGCGCUUGUGGCUGUCAGAUAGAGCGCACACACAUACACCCACACCCACACACACACACAUGUACACUAGUAUACUGGCACAACAAAUGACAAGUUAUUGAGAUAUCGACCUCGAACCGGAUUGACAGUAAUUAGAACAAAAUGCAGUCCGUCACCGCAGAUGAGUUGCCGCCGAAUCCGCGCGAGACAUCGAAUCCGUUGUCCUCGCUGAUGUUUUGCUAUACCAUGCCCACAUUUUUCAAAGGACGCAAAAAGACACUCGACGAAGGCGAUCUCUACCAGGCUCUAAAGGAGCACAAGUCGGAUACACUUGGCAAGAAGCUAAGCGAUGCCUGGGAGAAGGAGGUGGAGGAGAAGCGUAAGAAGAAGAAACAGCCCAGCCUGUUCAAGGCAACGAUGAGCGUCUUCGGCUGGAACUUUGGCAUACUCGGUUUCGUUCUGUUCAUAGUGGAAAUGGGCUUCCGCGUGACACAGCCUCUGUGCCUGGGCGGUUUGGUGGCCUACUAUUCGGACUCCAACAAUCUGGAGAGCGACGAUCAGACCACAGCAAUUCUAUAUGCCGUCGGCGUGAUCUUGUGCAGCGCCUUCAAUGUAUUAUUUAUGCAUCCCUACAUGCUGGGCAUGUUCCACACGGGCAUGAAGGUCCGCGUCGCCAUGUGCAGUAUGAUUUAUCGCAAGGCGUUACGACUCAGCCGCACAGCACUGGGCGAUACAACUACCGGCCAAGUGGUUAAUCUCAUAUCGAACGAUGUCGGCCGUCUGGAUGUCUCCGUGAUACACACGCAUUAUUUAUGGCUGGGCCCAGUGGAGAUCGGUGUGGUCACCUGGCUCAUGUACAGAGAGAUUGGCGUCUCGGCAUUCUUUGGCGUUGCUAUUAUGUUGCUGUUCAUACCACUGCAAGCGUAUCUGGGCAAGAAGACGUCGAGUCUGCGUCUGAAAACGGCUUUGCGUACGGAUGAACGUGUGCGCAUGAUGAACGAAAUCAUAUCGGGCAUUCAGGUGAUCAAAAUGUACGCCUGGGAAAUACCAUUUAGCAAUAUGAUCAACUACGUGCGCGGCAAGGAGAUGAAUGCUAUACGUAAAGUGAACUACAUUCGUGGCACUCUGCAGAGUUUCAUAAUGUAUGUGACGCGCAUAUCGGUGUUUGUCAGCCUGGUGGGCUUUGUGCUGCUCGGCAAACUGUUGACCGCUGAGAAGGCUUUCGCUAUAACCGCCUACUACAAUAUUCUGCGUAAUACAAUGACCAUCUACUUCCCCAUGGGCAUCUCACAGUUUGCUGAGUUGCUCGUAUCCAUACGCCGCAUACAAAAGUUCAUGAUGCACGAGGAGACGAAGGUUCGCGACAAGUCCCACGAUGUGAAUGACCAGAAAGUUAAGCCGUCCGGCACCAUUGUGGAGGAGGCCGCGGCCACAGUCACUGGUAUGCUGAAGCCGAACAGUCGCCGGACAAGCGAGACGGAAGCAGGUAUUAAUAUUACCAAGCUAAAGGCCAAGUGGGAUUCGAAAGCACCUGAGUAUACGCUGGAUAAUAUUAAUCUGAAGUUCAAGCCGCGACAGCUGGUGGCUGUCAUUGGACCCGUCGGCGCUGGCAAGUCCAGUUUGAUACAGACGGUUCUCGGUGAGUUGCCUCCAGAAUCGGGCACUGUGAAAGUGAAUGGCACCCUGUCGUAUGCAUCCCAAGAGCCGUGGCUCUUUACGGGCACAGUGCGUCAGAAUAUUCUGUUCGGUUUGGCCAUGGACAAGAGUCGCUAUCGUCAGGUGGUGAAGAAGUGCGCGCUGGAGCGGGACUUUGAGCUGCUGCCGUACGGAGACAAGACAAUUGUGGGCGAGCGCGGCGCCUCCCUAUCCGGUGGCCAGAAGGCACGUAUCAGUCUGGCCCGUGCCGUGUACCGCAAGGCAGAUAUCUACCUGCUGGAUGAUCCCCUCAGCGCUGUGGACACCCAUGUGGGCCGUCACCUGUUUGAUCAGUGCAUGCGUGGUUAUUUGCGAGAUAACAUCGUGCUGCUGGUCACCCAUCAGCUGCAGUUCCUGGAGCAGGCCGAUCUUAUAGUCAUUAUGGAUAAGGGCAAGAUCAGUGCCAAGGGCACCUACGAGUCCAUGUGCAAGAGCGGCCUGGACUUUGCCCAAAUGUUGACCGAUCCCAGCAAGAAGGAAGAGGGAGCCGGCGAUGCACCCGAAAAGCGAAAGCUAUCGCAGAUCAGCACGCGUCGCAGUCGACAGAACAGUGUCUCCUCCAUGGAAUCGGGCGCUGAGUCAGUGGUCAUGGAGUCACCGAUGCAGGCGCAGGAAACUCGCACCGAGGGACGCAUUGGCAUGGGCCUCUACAAGAAAUACUUUGCUGCCAAUGGUUACUUUUUGUUCAUUGUGUUUGCCUUCUUCUGUAUUGGCGCUCAGGUGCUGGGCUCUGGCGGUGAUAUGUUCUUGUCAUACUGGGUCAACAAAAACGGUGAAUCUGAACCGGAAACCUUUAUGUCACGCCUGCGUCGCUCCUUCAUGCCGAGAAUUAACAGCGAGACGGAUCCCAUUGAUAUAUAUUACUUUACGGCUAUUAAUGUCUUGGUGAUUGUGUUCUCUCUGGUGCGCAGUGUGCUGUUCUUCUAUUUGGCUGCCAAGAGCUCCACGACGCUGCACAACAAAAUGUUCCAGGGCGUGACCCGAGCGGCAAUGAAUUUCUUCAACACAAAUCCGUCGGGCCGCAUUCUCAAUCGUUUCUCCAAGGACUUGGGCCAGGUGGAUGAGAUUCUGCCAUCGGUCAUGAUGGAUGUCAUGCAGAUUUUCCUUGUCAUUCUGGGCAUUAUUGUGGUGCUGUGCAUUGUGAACGUGUGGUAUCUGCUGGUCACGGCCAUCUUGGUUGUUAUCUUCUAUUUGCUGCGCUCCUUCUACCUGACUACGUCCAGAGAUGUCAAGCGCUUGGAGGCCACAACUCGCUCGCCCAUCUACUCCCAUUUGAGUGCCUCGCUGAAUGGUUUGGCCACGAUACGAGCUUUCGGUGCACAGAAGGAGCUCAUCGAGGAGUUUGAUAAUUUCCAGGAUUUGCACAGCUCUGGCUUUUACAUGUUCCUGGCGACGAGUCGUGCCUUUGGCUACUGGCUGGACUUGAUCUGUGUGCUCUAUAUAGCCAUAGUAACGCUCAGCUUCUUCCUCUUCUCGCCGCAAAACGGUGGCGAGGUUGGCUUGGCCAUAACACAGGCUAUGGGUAUGACAGGCAUGGUGCAGUGGGGCAUGCGUCAGUCCGCCGAGCUGGAGAACAACAUGACAUCGGUGGAACGUGUCGUUGAGUACGAGGAUCUGGAGCCGGAGGGCGACUUUGAAUCGAAACCGAACAAGAAACCACCAAAGGACUGGCCCGAUGAAGGCAAAAUUAAAUUCGAUGAUCUGAGCUUGCGUUACUUCCCCGACAAGGACGCGGACUAUGUGCUCCGUUCGCUGAACAUUGACAUCAAUGCCUGUGAGAAGGUUGGCAUCGUCGGCCGCACUGGCGCCGGCAAAUCGUCCUUGAUCAAUGCACUGUUCCGGCUAUCCUACAACGAGGGCUCAAUUCUGAUCGAUCACCGCGACACCAACGAACUGGGUCUGCACGAUUUGCGCAGCAAGAUAUCGAUUAUACCCCAGGAGCCGGUAUUGUUCUCGGGCACCAUGCGCUACAAUCUGGAUCCGUUCGAUGAGUACUCCGAUGUGAAACUCUGGGAAUCUCUGGAGGAGGUCAAACUGAAGAAGGUGGUUGCUGACCUGCCCAGCGGUCUGAUGAGCAAGAUCUCUGAGGGCGGCACCAACUUCAGCGUGGGCCAACGGCAGCUGGUGUGCCUGGCCCGUGCUAUACUCCGCGAGAAUCGCAUCCUGGUCAUGGACGAGGCGACGGCCAAUGUGGAUCCACAGACAGAUGCUCUCAUUCAGAAUACUAUUAGGAAUAAGUUCAAGGAGUGCACAGUGCUGACUAUUGCCCAUCGCUUGCACACGGUCAUGGAUUCGGAUAAGGUCUUGGUUAUGGAUGCGGGCCGUGCCGUUGAGUUUGCCUCGCCCUUCGAGCUGCUCACCGUGAGCGAGAAGAAGGUGUUCCACAGCAUGGUCAAGCAAACAGGCGACGCCACAUUCGAUGCUCUGCUCAAGGUAGCACAAAAGGCGCAUGAGGAUAAUUUGCGGGUGAAAAAGGAUUCUUGACAUUUCGCCGUGCCGAAAGCCUUUAAAGACUACAUACUUAAGAUACUGGAACCAAUUACUAACCACCCGGCUGCCAAUGCGCGCAUACAAAAGACCUUCCUAUUCGCAGAGGCCUCCAAGCAGAAGCUGUUAGGGUAGCCCAAGAUAAAGUAAUGAAAAAAUAUAUGAAAAAAAAAACAAUCGUUAAGCAAAGGAUUUUUAUAAACACUCUCUCACACACACACACACACAGAUGUACAAAUUAAAAACAACUAAAUGUUAGUUGAAUUGAGAUCAUAUAACUAUAUAGUACGAGAUGUAUGACAAUAAGAGCUCAGAUUUGAGCAUCUAAAUCAAAGAGAAGAAAAGACCUUUAAAAGGUCGUAUGAAAUGUGUUCCGUAACGACAAUAACGAUUAAUUAAAAAACAAAAAAAAAAAAAAAAACAAAAAAGAAAUGCUAUAAACUGUUACGUCUAGUAUUAAUGUGUGUUUUUUAUAGUAAUUUAUUA